CGGGACUGGGAGGGCUUCGGAAGGGGGCGCCCCUCCACCCCCCAGCGUCCCCACUCCCCUCCGCGGCGGAGGUCGGUGUGUGCCCCACACCGCACCUGAGUAGCCUUCAGGUGGAGUGGACACGUAGAUGCGUGAAACAAGCCUGUGAAAUAUUAGAGGGAAGUAUUAUUUUAAGGGAUGCUUAAAGGCAACGCCAUUUCCCUUGCUCGUUGGGGGCAUCCGUCUGGGAGUCUGAGGGAUUCAGCUGUGCGCCCUCCGGGCUGGAAGCUCGGCCGGGGUUUGGAGGAGGUGACCCCGUGGAAUGGUUGCUCUGCCGUUGGGCAUCGUGAACAGGCUUAGCCAACCCUCCACGCCGGGUGGGAAGACAGCUGGCAAAACUCAAGUCUCAGAAGCUGCUGGGCCCCCCAAAAAGAAGAGGAAGAGAGCACAGAAGAAAUUCCGGGAGCGGGAGGAGAAGGCUGCAGAACCCAAGGCCCAGGCCCCUGCGGAGAAGUCUCAAGCCAGGACGCCGGUGGCAGCCAAGGAGAGAGAGGAUGAGGCCCCCAGCUCGACAGGGGCCCCUGCAGGUGAGGGGGGUGGGCAGGGUCGACUGGGAUCUGCGACAGAUACAAAAGUGGGCCUCUCUGGUCAUAACGGCACGAUCAGAUCGUGUGAGACUUCCCGAAGAGCGCGUUUUCAGAGGACAGAUCACGGGGCCCCUGUGGGUGGCCCGGCCGGGGAGCCUGGCUCGCUGUUUGCCUUGGACGUUCUGCGGCAGCGCCUGCGUGAGAAGAUCCGGGAGGCGCGGGGCCAGGGCAGCGCCAAGGAGUUGUCUCCAGCUGCUUUGGAGAAAAGACGCCGGAGGAAGCAGGAGCGCGACCGGAAGAAGAGGAAGCGGAGGGAACUGAGAGCAAAGGAGAGGGCGGCCGAGGCCCUCGAGGGGGUGGAGGCCACUGAGCCACCGCCCGAGGCGCCCCACGAGGAGGCGCAGGCCCAGUCGGGGCUGCUCUUCAACAAGGUGGAGGUGAGCGAGGAGGAGCCGGGCAGCAAGGCCCAGCGUAGGAAGGAGAAGAGGCAGAAGCUGAAGGGGAACCUGACACCGCUGACGGGCAGGAACUACCGGCAGCUGCUGGAGCGCCUGCAGGCGCGGCAGGCCCGGCUGGAGGAGCUGCGGGACCAGGACGCGGGCCAGGCCCGGGAGCUCGAGGCCAAGAUGCAGUGGACCAACCUGCUGUACAAGGCCGAGGGCGUGAAGAUCCGCGACGACGAGCACCUGCUGCAGGAGGCCCUGAAGCGCAAGGAGAAGCGGCGGGCGCAGCGGCAGCGCGCGUGGGAGAAGCGCACGGCGCACGUGCUGGGGAAGAUGCAGCAGCGGCAGGACAGGCGGCGGCAGAACCUGCGCAAGAAGAAGGCGGCCAGGGCCGAGCGGCGCCUGGAGAAGGCUCGCAAGAAGGGCCGCAUCCUGCCCCAGGACCUGGAGCGGGCCGGCCUGGUCUGAGGGCCCGGAUGCCUGGCGCCAACCCGGGUGGCCGCAGGCUCCGGGUCCCAGCGGAGAGCAGACACCGCCGUGUGCUUGAGAGCCUUUGGAUCCAGGGGAGGGGUGACCCAACUCCGGGCUCUAGGCUCUUCUUGUGAGGCCGGAACGCUCCCUGAAAGUUGCGGGGUGGGGGGUGAGGGAGCAGCGAAGAGGGAGGGGGCGUCUUGAGGGGGGGCUUCCCUGGCGCCCUCUUCCUCCCCCACGUUCACAGGAGCGGGAACUGCUGUGUCUGCCGCAAACUCACUUGGUAAAGGACAAAAACCAGCCACCUCCUGUAGCCUGCGUUGGAGUGGAGUUGACGGGCUCGGUAACUGGGAGACGGCGGGGCCGUCCUCAGGCUGCCUGGAAUUGAGUUAUUCGAAGUUAAUUUCUAAGGUGGGUGAAACCUAGAAUUUAAGGUAGACAUGCACAUUAAAAAUCCUAAGGUAACCAGUAAAAGGUAGAAACAGUGAACUAGCAGGAAGAACAGCGGAGUGGGGUGGACAGUUAUCGAUCUAGGGGGAGGCAGGAGAGAAAGAGUAAAACCUAGAACCGAGCGAGGCCAAUGGAGGGUGCACAGUCAGGGGCACAGCUAAGUCCAAGCCCGCAGGCAGCCGGGAUGAAUGCACGGGACAAAACUCAAUGAAUCUUAUGGUAUGUGCAUUAUAUUUCAGUAAAACCGUUAAUAAAAUUCUUUUGAUUAAACUCCAGUUAAGAAACAGAUGGUAACCAAAAGGAAGCUGGCGUGGCUGUAUUAUAAGAUGAAGAUUUGAAGGGAAAAGGCACUAGUAGAGAGAAAAGAAAGUCGCCACGUAAUGAAAGGGGUGCAGGUCACCUGGAGGGUAGAACAGUCCUGCACCAGGGACAGCUUCAAAUCUGUCUAGCAGAAACUGACCCGCCACAAGGAGAAAUCAAUUCACAAACCAAAGUGGGAGAUUUUUAACAUCUCCGUUAGGAAUUGAUACACCAAGCAGACAAAAUCAGAUGCAUAGGGAAGGUUUCAACGAGAGCGUUUGUAAGCUUGAGCUGAUGGACACACAGAAUAGUGCACCUAAAAACAGUGUGUACCGGGACUUCCCUGGUAGUCCGGUGGUUAGGACUCUGCUUCCAAUGCAGGGGGUGCGGGUUUGAUCCCUGCUCAGGGAACUAAGAUCCCAUAUGCCUCGGGAUGCAACAAAAAUUUAAAAACAAAACAGCAUGCACCUCAAGCACACGUGGAACAGUGGUGAAAACUGACCACCUCCUAGUCCAGAAAGCAAGUCACAUUUCAAAGCGUCGGCAUCGUAUCUGGCUGUGGAACAAUUUAAAAACUUCAGAGGUAAUUGUUAAAGUUUCCUGUUUGGAAGUUUAAAAACACACUUCUAAAUUACCUGUGAGUCAAAGAGUAAUCCCUAGUGGAUGUUAGAGAAAGUUUAGGACCGAAAGGUAAUGAAAGUGCUGUGCAUUAAAUCUGUGGGCCACAGCUAAGGCAGUGCCAAAAGCA